GAUGAUGAUUUCCACAAUGAGGUAGGAUGAGCCGGGCUAAACUUGAAGAAGUAGGCUUGGCCGGCCUGAACUGACCUGGCCCCCAGCCUCUUCUUUCAACAGGUGAACUAACAGCAAGAAUCCUAGUAACAGAUGCAACCACGCUACACCUAACAAACAAAAUGCACAGGCGGAUGAAUCAAAGUCCUCAACUGAAUUAACAGCAUUCCCAUUUCUCUUCUAUUCUUCAAAUCGAAAAAUAAAAAAAAUGGAGCAAACCCUUUUUAAUCCGUCAAUCUCCAUGCCCAAAUCUUUCUAUCACAAACACAUAACAAUUUCUUCCAGAAUUCAAUGCCAGCUGUCUACAAAUUCCCCCUCCUCCAACACCAAAACCACCACCGUCACCGUUCCUUCAAAGAAAACAAUGGGACCAUACACAGGAAGAGAUCCAAAUGUGAAGAAACCAGAAUGGUUAAGACAAAGAGCACCGCAAGGAGAAAGGUUUCAAGAGGUUAAACACUCACUUUCUAGCUUGAAACUUAACACUGUAUGUGAAGAAGCACAGUGUCCUAAUAUUGGUGAAUGUUGGAAUGGAGGUGGUGAUGGUAUUGCUACUGCUACGAUUAUGCUUCUUGGUGAUACUUGUACUCGUGGCUGUAGAUUUUGUGCUGUUAAAACUAGUAGAAAUCCUUCUCCUCCUGAUCCUCUGGAACCUCAGAAUACUGCCUUGGCUAUUGCUAGUUGGGGCGUGGACUAUAUUGUUCUGACAAGUGUAGAUCGUGAUGAUCUCCCCGAUGGUGGAAGUGGGCAUUUUUCCGAGACUGUUCAAGCUAUGAAAAAACUCAAACCUGAGAUUAUGGUGGAGUGUCUAACCUCUGAUUUCCGCGGUGACUUAGAGGCUGUAGAAACUUUGGUACAUUCAGGACUAGAUGUCUUCGCGCACAACAUUGAGACUGUGAAACGGCUUCAACGAAUUGUUAGAGACCCUCGAGCUGGGUAUGAACAGAGUUUAUCAGUUUUGAAACAUGCAAAGCACAGCAAAGAGGGAAUGAUAACAAAAUCUUCUAUUAUGUUGGGUCUUGGGGAAACUGAUGACGAAUUGAAGGAAGCUAUGGCUGAUUUAAGGGCUAUAGAUGUUGAUAUCUUGACACUUGGACAAUAUUUACAGCCAACUCCUCUACACCUGACUGUCAAAGAGUAUGUUACACCUGAGAAAUUUGCUUUCUGGAAGGAAUAUGGAGAGUCUAUUGGCUUCCGAUAUGUAGCCAGUGGGCCUAUGGUCCGUUCCUCUUAUAGGGCAGGGGAGCUGUUUGUUAAGACAAUGGUGAAAGAAAGGUCAAGCAACUCUGCUGCCAAACCCUAGUGGUAUUUUAUGAUUGGUUCUACUCUUCAGCUUCCAACUAUAUGGUCAGCAAAGCAGCAAGUUGGUGGCUGCCCACAAAUCACUGUUCUAGUUUGAUAUCUAAAUUGCCUGGCAUGGCACGAAAAAUUUUGUAUUUAUUUAAAAAUUUAAUUAUAUAAUGUUCAGCAUUAGCAAGUUUGAAGCGAAUCUCUAUAUUGUUAUUAGGAUGUAAUGCUAUUUCAUCAAUAUUUCUGAAAGAAAAGGUCAAUAUAUAAGAGUAACCUGCAGUCUUUCGCAGCAGUAUUGGUUAA